GGAUCUUUCGCGAUCUCUCUCUUUGCCCCCUCCCCCCACCCCUUGCGAGGAGGCUGCCCCAGUCGCGCGCCGCCGCCGCCGCUCAUUUAAACAGUCUUUGAGGGAGCCGCCGCCAGGUCGAAGGGGAGGGCGCGAGGCUGCCGGCGGGACGCUCCUUCCUUCUCUUCCUCCCUCGCGCGGCUCCGCCUCCUCUGGCCUGAGCUUCCUUGCCCUGCUGCUGGGCCCCUCAGGCCUCCGCGCUGCUCGGCUCAGCCUCGCCCCCUUCUCUCUUCUUCCUCACUCUCCCGACGCAGUAUGUCUGUGGUGGGCAUCGACCUGGGCUUCCAGAGCUGCUAUGUGGCGGUGGCCCGAGCGGGCGGCAUUGAAACGAUCGCCAACGAGUACAGCGACCGCUGCACCCCGUCAUGUAUAUCCUUUGGACCUAAAAAUCGUUCAAUUGGAGCUGCAGCUAAAAGCCAAGUAAUUUCAAAUGCCAAGAAUACGGUACAAGGUUUUAAAAGAUUUCAUGGCCGUGCAUUUUCGGAUCCCUUUCUUCAAGAUGAAAAAGCAAAACUUGCUUAUGAACUUGUUCAACUGCCGACACGCUCAGUUGGCAUCAAGGUUAUGUAUAUGGAUGAAGAACGAAAUUUCACCAUUGAACAGAUGACAGGAAUGCUCCUCACUAAAUUAAAAGAAACUGCAGAGAAUGCUCUUAAGAAACCUGUAGUUGAUUGUGUUGUAUCUGUUCCUUGUUUCUACACAGAUGCAGAGCGGAGAUCUGUGAUGGAUGCUACACAGAUUGCUGGGCUUAACUGCUUGCGAUUGAUUAAUGAAACUACUGCAGUUGCUCUGGCGUAUGGGAUCUAUAAGCAAGACCUACCUACACUAGAAGAGAAACCAAGAAAUGUGGUGUUUGUUGAUAUAGGACAUUCAGCUUCUCAAGUUUCAGUUUGUGCAUUCAACAAGGGGAAACUGAAGGUUCUCGCAACAGCUUUUGACACAAUACUUGGUGGCAGGAAAUUUGAUGAAGUAUUAGUAAAUUAUUUUUGUGAAGAAUUUGGGAAGAAAUAUAAACUAGACAUAAAGUCCAAAAUCCGUGCACUGUUGAGAUUAUCUCAGGAAUGUGAGAAACUGAAGAAAUUGAUGAGUGCAAAUGCCUCUGAUCUGCCAAUGAACAUAGAAUGCUUCAUGAAUGAUAUUGAUGUGUCUGGGACUAUGAACAGGAACAAAUUCUUGGAGAUGUGUGAUGAUCUCUUGGCUAGAGUAGAACCACCUCUUCGCAGUGUUUUGGAGCAAGCUAAGUUAAAGAAAGAGGAUAUCUAUGCAGUAGAAAUAGUAGGAGGAACUACAAGAAUACCUGCUGUAAAAGAGCGGAUCAGUAAAUUUUUUGGUAAAGAAGUCAGUACAACUCUGAAUGCAGAUGAAGCUGUCACACGAGGCAGUGCAUUGCAGUGUGCUAUUUUAUCCCCAGCUUUUAAAGUGAGAGAAUUUUCUAUCACAGAUUUGGUACCAUAUCCUAUUUCUUUGAAAUGGAAUUCCCCAGCAGAAGAAGGAAUAAGCGAUUGUGAAGUCUUCCCAAAGAAUCAUGCUGCACCAUUUUCGAAAGUUCUCACAUUCUACAGAAAGGAACCCUUCACUUUGGAAGCUUAUUAUAGUAGUCCUAAGGAAUUGCCUUAUCCAAAUCCUGCCAUAGCUCAGUUUUUAAUCCAGAAGGUAAUCCCUCAAACAGAUGGAUCCAGCUCGAAAGUGAAAGUGAAAGUCAGAGUAAACAUCCAUGGCAUUUUCAGUGUUUCAAGUGCAUCACUUGUGGAAGUCCACAAAUCAGAAGAAAAUGAAGAGCCCAUGGAAACAGAUCAGCAUGCCAAAGAGGAAGAGAAGAUGCAGGUAGACCAGGAAGAGCAACAAAAAACUGAGGAACACCAGCAACAAGCACAAGCUGAAAACAAGACUGAGUCAGAGGAAAUGGAGACAUCUCAAGCUGGAUCAAAAGAGAAGAAAAUGGAUCAGCCUCCUCAGGCUAAAAAAGCUAAAGUAAAGACUACAACAAUUGACCUUCCUAUUGAGAAUCAGUUAGUGUGGCAGAUAGGAAAGGAUAUGUUGAACCUAUUUAUUGAGAAUGAGGGUAAAAUGAUCAUGCAGGAUAAAUUGGAGAAGGAACGGAAUGAUGCCAAGAAUGCAGUGGAGGAGUAUGUUUAUGAAAUGAGAGACAAACUCUGUGGCAUGUUUGAGAAGUUUGUUAGUGAAGAGGAUCGAAAUAGCUUCACUCUGAAGUUGGAAGACACAGAAAACUGGCUAUAUGAAGAUGGUGAAGACCAGCCAAAACAAGUGUACAUUGAUAAACUAACAGAACUGAAGACUGUGGGGCAGCCUAUUCAGGCACGAUUUCAAGAAUCUGAAGAAAGACCAAAAGCCUUUGAAGAGCUGGGAAAACAAACCCAACUCUACAUGAAAGCUGUUCUUGCAUUUAAAGCAAAGGAUGAACAGUAUGACCACUUAGAUCCUGCAGAAGUGGCAAAAGUGGAGAAGAGUGCAAAUGAAGCGAUGGAAUGGAUGAACAACAAGCUCAAUCUUCAGAACAAGAGAAGUCUGUCUUUGGACCCUGUUAUCACAGCUAAGGAGAUUGAAGCAAAAAUGAAAGAACUUAUAAAUACCUGUCAUCCUAUAGUCACCAAACCAAAACCCAAGGUGGAACUUCCAAAAGAGGAUCAAAAACCAGCAGAACAAAAUGGUCCAGUAGAAGGCCAGGGUGAUGGCAACAGAGGCUCUCAGGCUGCUGAACAGAGUACGGGUUCAACAGCAGAAACGUCUACAGAAAAGAAACUUCCUGAAAUGGACAUUGAUUGAAUUCCAGCACUUGUUUAUAUUAGAAACUAUGAUAAAGCUUUAAGUUGUGGACUUUAUGUUCUGAAUAUACAUGGGAGCUAAGUGAGAACUGCAACUUCCUCACAGUUACUCUUUUUUUGGAUGGGAUUGGUCAGUAUGAAGCACCUUGAUUCUCGGGUAGCUAACUAUUCAGUUGGAUAUGUCCAUAUGUUUUGCCAUAUGACACUAGAAGCCUUGGGUAAUAGAUUUGCAGAAACAGCCAUACUUUAUCAUUUGGUUUAAUCCUAUUCCUGCUGAGUUGCAUUUAAAAGAAGAGGUGGGGGCAGCUGGAAGAGAACUUGUCUCUCUUGAUCUCAACUUAUUUGUUGAUUGCAACAGCAACAUAAGUAUCUAUUGAUAGAGAAUGCCAGAUGUGUUUGAAGCUUUGCUUUUAUUGCACACGAGCAGAACAAAGCAAAGUACCAGUUUGAUUCUUUGGCAAUUACAGAAGCAAUAAUGGCAUGUUUUCUUGCUGGAAGUUAAAUUCAUUUUACAUAGUGCCAUUGAAAGUUAUGUGAGGUAUAUGGUGCCACAGAUCACAUGUGUGCUAAAUACAAAGAAUUGAAAUGGUUGGAGUGUGUGUGUUAGCUCAUGCCCAUGCUCUGUUUAUGAAUAUUAAUGUCUUAGGCAUUGAAUCAAAUUGUUUAUCUGAUAUGCAGAGUAGCAAGUGUAUACAAACCUGCUAUUAGAUAUGUAAGUAUAUAUACUCAUGAUAAAUUUUCCCCAGAUAUAUGGAAAUACUGUGUAAGUUUCUGUCUCUAGUUUUAGUAGCUUUAGGAAAAAAUGAGGAUACUGCUAGCUGUCUGCUGCACUUAUGGAUGAUUCUGAUUAGUUGCUAACCUUGAAGAGAAUAUUUGUUUCCUACAUUUGGAAGUGCCUCACUAGAUCUUCCAACAAAAAAACAAGUCUGGCAAUUUUCUCAUGUGCUACACUUUGGCUGUUUUGCUUCUAGUAUUGAUAAUUGUCAUAUAAACUUGUAUGUGUUGAAAUCAAAAUGGAAACAUCCAUACACAUUGCAAGAAAUAAAUGCACUGGAUUGUACUGGAUUUUUUUUUAAUGGUUGAUUAUGGGUGAAAGACAUGGAAUUCUUGAGAGCUUGGGAAAGAAAUGAACAGUCUUCCUUCAUCAAUAGCAUGACUAAAAAUUAAAAUUAAAACCACCAAGAAUCAUACCUAUUGUACAUAAAUCAUUCAGCUUUGUUCUGGAUGACCCAGACCUUAGUUUAAGCUCUUAAAUUAGUGCUUUGGUACAGCUGAGGACCUGGUGUUAGGACUGGCAGUGUAUUAGUCUUGAAGCACUCCUCCGUUCUUAUACAUAACUCUGAAACAUGCAGAGUACCAUGUUUACCUCCCAUAAACUUUCAGGUUUCAUUUAAAACAAGAUCAAUGCUUAUGGGUUUGGAAGGUAAUCCAAGAAUACUGUGACUCUAACAUCAUCUGAGAAUAUUUACUGUGUUUUCCUACCUGUUCAUCAAUUGCUGCCUGUUAGUGACAGCUGCAAUUCUUCUAAUGAAAUAAAAGCUUUAGAUCUAA